AUGAAAUAUUUAUUAAUAAUAGGUUUACUUGUUCUGAUAGCAAGUGGAUAAUAAUAUAGUGUGAAAAAAUGUUAAUGUAAGGACCUAAAGGUUGAAAUCGAUUGUAAAGCCCAUACGUUGAGUAGAUGUACUUGGUAAGGAACUGCAUGUGUCGAUUAUUAAGCACCAAUAGAUGAAGGUGAUACAAGUGCAAAAUCUCUUUAUUGUUCUACUUUUGUAGAGGCUGAUUGUGCCAAGACAAAAGGAUGUGCAUGGGUGGAAAAGGCUUGUACUCAUUUUACAGGGUGUACUGCUUUCAAAUUAGGUACUUUUGAUGCUUGUUAAGCAAUUUCAACUGAUUGCAUAACUGAUGGUGUUCAUUGUGUUCUAAUAGAUUUUUGUAAUACUUAUUUCACAGAAACAUCAUGUUUAUAAUCACCAAAAGAUAGAUAUUUAUGUUAUUGGGAUGGAAAGAAUUGUUUAAAUGCAGAUAAAUGUGAAUACUUACCAAAAACUUAUCUAUCUGAUAAAGAAUGCAGAGAAGCUAUUUAAACAUGUACAGUUAAUAGUACAGGUUAAGGAUGUAUCAAAAGUGCCUCUACCUGCAACUAAUAGGUAUCAAAAGACUAAUGCAUUUAUGAUUUGAAUUUAGUUAAAAUAUGUUUUUGGAAUUAUGAAUGGGCAACAGAUGAAUAUUUAUGUAGAGAUUACACUUGUGAUGAAGCACCAUAAUCAUACACAACAUAUUAAUAAUGUAAUGAUUUUGGAAAAUAAAACAAAUUAUUAAAAUUGGAUUGCACAACUAAAAAAGGAGGGGGAUGUCAAAACACAAAUAAAUGUGAGGAUAAUAAAAUAAAAAGUGCAUGUGAAUAUGAUUCUACUGGAGCUAAAUGUAUUUGGCACGAUACUAGGAAAUGUAUUUUGUUAAAUUGUGAAGCUGCUCCAACAAGUUUAGACACAAAUGAAAAAUGUUAAGAUUUUGUAAAACAAUUUACAGAAUUAAAAUGUAUAACAAAGAGUGGUGGUGGAUGUGUUAAUAAUGGUAAUUGUAAUGCUGCAAAUAUCUAGAGUGCAUGCAAAAUCAAUACUUCUGGUAAGACAUGUUUUUGGGAUGACACAGUUAAACCCAAUUUAUGUAAAGAAUUAACUUGUGAUAACUUACCAAAAAUAUAUAAAAAAAUUAAAGAAUGUUUUGAUCAGCUACCUGAAUGUACUUUAGCAUAAAGUGGAGCAGGUUGUAUUGCAAAGACUUGUAAUAAUGCCCCAACCGAUACUUCAGAUUGUGAGGCUUAUUUACCAGGCAAUAAUUGUGUUCCAAAAAAAGAUGGGGGAUGUUAACCAUUAGGUGAUUGUUCAACAAUUUUAUAAUCUAAUUGUGAUACUAAAAAAAAUAAAUUAGGAGGAUCAUGUUUUUGGGAUGGAUCAGCAUGUAAAGAAUUGAUUUGUGCUAAUUUAAUUGGAUCUAAUUAUCCUGAUCAUACUGCAUGCUAUGCUAAAUUAUCUACUUGUACUGUAAAAACAGGUGGUAAUGGUUGUGAAGAUUGGAAAUGUGAAAACUCAUUUAAAAAAGAAAACUGUAUAAAUGAUAAUUGUAAAUGGAAAGGAGGUAUAUGUUUCAAAAAAGAAUGUUCAUUGGCUUCAAAAACAUAUCAUACACAUUAAUAAUGUAAUAAAUAUUUGAACUCUUGUACUUCAUAAUUAGAAAAAAAUCCAGCAGGUGGAUGUGCUUUGAUUCCUUUAAUAUGUGAAGGUAUUUUUAAUGAAGAAGCUUGUAAAUUAAAAAAAAUAGUGGAUGCAAAUAGUAAAUUCGUCUAUAUAAAAUGUGGUUGGGAUGGAACUAAAUGUAUAGAUUAAGGUUGUACAACAUUAAGUAAAACUUUGAACACAACAGAUGAGUGUAAUUCAGCAGGAAUAGCUUUAAAUGUAAAUAUUAAGAAUUGUGUAGCAAAUAACCCUAAUAGAUAAAAUGAAAUUUUAGGAUGCAUUCCACUUCCAUCUUAAUGUAAAGAUAGAAAGACAUAAGAUAAUUGUGUUAGAAAAUAUGGAGGGACAGGACCUGAUUGUGUUUGGGUGCCUCAAGAUGCUUCUGGAACUUGUUAAUUUAAAGCAUGUACAACAGCACAUCUUGAUGGUUCAACAAGUGAAGUUACAAUUAUUAACAAUUCUAAUUGUAAAAAUUAUAUAAUAAAUUGCACAACAAAGGAUGGUGAAGAAGUAUGUGUUUCUAGUUGUAUUGCAAAUAAUGAUAAUACUUAAUGUAUGAAUAAACCAACUUAAUGCAGUGCUAUUACUAAUUCAGGUAAUUGUGAAGAUGAUACUAAAGUUAAUGGACAUUGUGUAUGGAAUGAUAGUUGUAAAGAUAAAACUUGUGCUAAUUUACCAUCCUCAUAUGAUACUCAUGAUUAAUGCUAUAGUGCAACUAAAAUUGAUAAAACAUGUACAGUUAAUGAUAAUGCAACUGGAUGUAUUCCAUUGAAGAUUAAUUGUGUUGAUUAUAAAGAUAAAGAAAAGUAAUGUGUUGUCACAUCUAAUGGUAAGAAGUGUUUCUUUUCAAAAACUUGUAGAGAUCUAACUUGUGCUGAUAUUGAUAAAACAAGUUCAUUUUAUACACAUUUAGAAUGUAAUACUAGAUUAGAUACAUGCACUGUAGUUUAAGCAGUUGGUUCCUAAUGUACAAGUAAAUUUACAAAAUGUUCAGAUUAUGCUAUUGAAAGUAAUUGUCACAAAAGAGCAGAUGAAACAGAGUGCUUAUGGGAUGGUGCUAGCUGUUAAUAAAAAUCAGAAUUUAAUUGCACUCUUUUUAAAUUAAACGAUUAUACUGGCGAUAAUUGUAAAUACAUAUAUGCAUAAUGUAAACCAAAUAGUGAUGAUACUGGUUGUAUGAAGAGAACUUGUGCAGAUUACGAAGCUAUUGAUUAUAAUGUAACUGAUGAUAUAGAAUGCUCUUAAUUUGAUACUACUCUUAAUUGCACAAACACAACAGCAACAAACUUACCUUGCUAAUCAAGAUAAGAUUAUUGUAGCGAUUAUGAAGAUGAAGAAACAUGUACAGUAGCUAAAGAAGGAAAAUGUAGAUGGUAUGCAACUCUUAAAUGCUAUUUGGCAACAGCUCCUUGUAGUAAAUUUACGGGUGUAGAUUAUGCAACAUGUGAAGCAUUAAGACCUUUCUGUAAAUUAGUCAGUGGAACAACUUGUACAGCAAAAGCAUGUAAUGAUAUACUUGUUGCAAAUGCAACCGCCCGAACAGAUGAUGAAUGUAAAGAAUUUGAUUCUUCUUGCAGAUCUACAAGAUCUGAUACUGACGGUUAACCUGCUUGUUAUGAAGUAAAGAACACUUGUGUUGAGUAUGGAAGUACAGAAUCUUUUUGUAAAGUAAAAGCAUCAGGUAAAAAGUGUUUUUGGGAUCAAAGUGGUACUCCAAAAUGUAGAGAUGUUGCUAAUAGUACAUGUAACUUAAUUACAUCAAUAUUCGAUAUUAUAAGAGAAUUAUGCUAAGAUUAUGAUACAUCUUGUACUGCUAAUAGAUCAGGAACUGGUUGCGUCUAAAUAUAAAGUAGUUGCACUAGUUAUACAAACUUAGAAAAUUGUGUUGAAAACACAAAAGGUUUAUGUGUUUAAAAUCAAUUAGCAAAUAGUGGAGCUAUUUGUAAGGAUCCAGAUACUAAUACUACAUGUAAUCUAAUAUAUCUUGAUGCAGGUAGGUAUACAGAUGCUAAAUGUAACAGCUUGAAUGUAUUGUGUACUGCCAAAGAUGAUUCAACAGCAUGUAUUGAUAGAACAUGUGAUAAUGCAGCUGAUAAAACUUCAUUUGCAAAAUGUAAUGAAUGGUUGAAAACUUGUACUUGGAAUGGAAAAACUGAUGGUACUCAAGCUUGUGUUACUAUAAAAGAUAUAUGUAGUGAUUAAACAACAGAGGCUACAUGUUUCCAAGCUAAAGAAGGUGAAUGUGCAGUUGUGAGUGGAAAAUGUAAAUUACUAGAUUGUUUAGAUAAAACUGGGUAAAAUAUUACACAUUAUAAUUGCUUGGAAUAUUCUAGUAAAUGCGCAUUAUCAAAUCCUGGAGGAUGUUAAGGAUUUUCAGCUAAUUGUAGCGAUUAUAAAUUGGAAACAUAAUGUUAUAAGAGCAGAGGUAAUGAAUGUUUCUGGAAUGCUAAAACUAAAAAAUGUGUUGAUUUCACUUGUAAUAAAAUUGAAUAAUCUGCUAGUUAUAGUAGUCAUAACUAAUGUUUUAGUUUAACAAAUUAAAAUUUAAAAACAAUAAAUUGCACAGUCAGAAGUAAUUCUGAUAAUACUGCUGCUGGUCAAGGAUGUAUGGCUUUGACUAGUUGUGAAUAAUAUAAAAUAUAAGAUUAAUGUGUUUAAGAUUCAUCGAGCAAGCCAUGUUAGUGGGUGAAGGAAUCAGAAACAAAAUCCAUAUGUGUUAAUAGAACUUGUAGUACUGCUGACGAUUCCUAUUAGACUCACACUAGUUGUCUAUAGUAUUACAAACCUGAUUACAAAGUUGAUAGUCCAAAAUAUUCCUGUACAGUUAAAGCUGUUAAAGCAGAGAAUCCUUCAUAUGAUCCUAUUGUUGGAGGUGGUUGUAUUCCAUUAGCAGCAUGUAAUACUUAUGUGAGUGAAGAAAAUUGUAAAAUAAAUGACUAAUAGGGUGAAUGUGGAUGGAAUGGAUAAGAGUGUGCAGAUAAAUCAUGUUUUACUGCUCAUCCGGAUCUAAUCGUUGAUCAUAUUGGAUGUUAAGCUUAUUUUAAUUAAAAAUGUACAGUUGCUUAAACACUUAAAGGAUGUAUCGAUAUUCCUGAUACAUGUGAAGAAUUAAAAAAAGAAGAAUAAUGUCAUAUCAAUAAGACUGGUGAUAAAUGUUAUUGGGAUGCUGAUAAUAAAGUAUGCAUUACUCCAACUUGCGAUAAUGCACCUCAGUCGUUUAUUGAUGGUAGCAAAUGUGAUGAAUAUUAUAAAAUUUGUACUCAAGAUACCACAGCUCCUUGUAAGGUUUAGGUAUGUGAAGAUUUCUUACUCAUAACAGAUGAUGCUUGUAAAGAGAAAUUAAAAGAAUGUACAACUGAUGGUAAAUGUUUACAAACAUGCACAACUGAUGGUACUAAAUGUGUUCCUCGAAAACUAUGUAAUUAAGCAUUACAUAGAAAUGGAUGUGUGACUGAUUCAUUAAACAAAAAGUGUUAAUGGGUUUCAGAGAAGAAUUAAUGUGAAUAAAUGGAUUGCUCGACUGCUCCUGCAGCAGAAUACACUACUGAUGAUUAAUGUUAUAACUAUUACAUUCCUGGAGAAUGCAUGUUAAAACCUGGUGGAGGUUGUACUAAUAGAACAAUUUGUACUUAAAUAAAAACCGAAAGUGCUUGUUAAAGUAAUAACGGUGACAGCUAGAAGGUUAAAUGUAGUUGGGACAAUGGAUCAUGUAGAUACUAAAAUUGUACUGAUUUUAAUGGUAAAAGUCAUACUGAAUGCCAAAUAUAAUUUAAUAGAGGGGAAUGUACUGUUGGAACUGAAGGUAAAUGUGCUGCAAUGUAAGAUUGUGAAAAAACAACAAUCUAAGCUGCUUGUGUUAAAGGUCUAAAUGGACCAUGCUUAUGGAUUAGCGGAACAUGUUAUCCUUAUACUAGAUGUGAAAGUGGUAAAUGGUAAAAUGAUAAAGAUUGUAAAGCGAUUUCACCUAAAUGCACUACUAAUGGAAUUAAUUGUGUUUCUAUCACAUCUUGUGAAUUAACUAAUACAAUUGGAGGAUGCAAAACAGGAUAUGAUGGAGAAUGCAUCUUAAUUAAAACAGCUACAGGAGAAAAAGCAUGUAAAAUGAAAGUUAAUGGUUGCGUUGAUGCUGCAUUCACAACAUGGAAAGAAUGUUAUGAAGAUGUUAGUGAAAGAUGCUCAACUGAUGGAGUAACAUGUAUUGAAUUGUAAGAAUGCAAAGAUUACAAAGUCGAAGAUGCUUGUAUUAAUAGUAGAUCUAAAACACCAGCCUCAAGGACUUUGACAGGUAAAUGUCAUUGGGAUCCAGCUACUAAAACUUGUCAUGAUGAAUUAUGUGCUGAAUUGGUAAGUAACACAACAACUAAUAGUGAUUGCUUUUUAUAAAUAAGUCAAUGUACAUCAAACGGUGUCAAAUGUCUAGAUAGAACAUCUUGUGAUAAAUAUGAAGUUAAUGAUGUUGCUUGUAAUGCUUCAUUUGAUACUAAUAAUAAUCCGUGUUUUUUUGAAGCUGCAUCAGCCACAAAUGGUAAUGCUGCUAGAUGUAGAGUCAAGACUUGUGCUGAUCUCAAAGUUACAGAAUGUACUUUAGGAUUUGCAGGAGCAUUAUCCUGUGUAUCUGAUGGAACUGUAUGUGUUCUUACAGGAACAUGUUCUACAUACAAAACUAAAACUUCAUGUAAUGCAGGUGGUACUGAUGGAGUUUGUGUAUUUACUCCCUCUGAUACUGGUUCAUGUGCUAAAAUGACUUCUUGUGCAUAAGCUAAUAAUGAUUAAGAUGCUUGCAAAAACGCAAGUAUAGCUAGAAAAUGUUCAUGGACUGAUCCAGUUACUGCUACUGCUUCAAUACCAGCAUCUCCAUCCAAAUGCUCAUAGCAUACUUGUGCUACGUAUUAAGCAGAACAAAAGAAAUGUGAAAUUUUCAACAACUUUGAUGAAAGUUUGUAGGCAAUCUGUCAAAUGAAUGCAGGUAAAUGCUCUGAAGUUGAUCCAAAGACUUUGACUGCUGAAACCUGUUUCUCUAUUUCUGGUUACACUUUUACAUGGAAUACUGGAACUGUUGGAUGUUAAGCUUGUUCAACAGUUACACCUCAAUCAAAUAACAACACAGCAACUAAUCCAAAUACUAAUAAUAAUGGUACCAACACUGUUGAUUCUGGAUACAUUCUUGGAUUUGCUGCUGUUAUCAUUUAUACCAUGUUCUGA